AUGAGGGAACCCACGUCGAAGCGAAGAACAAAAAAGCCCAGCAAGAAACCCCUGGACGACGACAAUAGAUCAGUUGUGUCGUUGAAUGUGCUCGACGUUCAAACCGUGGCACAAACGUACAAGCUGACAGACGCCCAAUGUCGUACAUAUGAUGCGUUUGCGAACUUGCUUGCAGAAUUUGACACGACGAUGAUGCUCGACAUGUUGGAAGACGUGUUGCACGACGCCCAACACCGCACUCGGUUACAGGAUUACCUCGGUGUGAAUACUGUGACGACUGCACAACUGACGAGCAGUCUCGCGUCAACUGGCAUGACUUCCAACUCGUCGAAUUAA